GCAACUUCCGCCUUUAUGUCAAUGAGUGCAGCUGCAGUUUGAACCACCGAGUGAAAAUGAGGAAGAGAAUGAGGAGUUGACGUAAACGUGAGGCUGUAUUAAAGUUAUUAUCGGUGACAUUGGUGGUUUAUAUGUGGUUCGGCAUCAUGAAGAUAAAUGAGAACACUUUACUGGAGGGACACAAAGUCGUGUUGGUUCCUUACAAUGCAGACCACGUGCCCAGGUAUCACGAGUGGAUGAAGUCUCCUGAGCUGCAGCAGCUGACCGCUUCAGAGCCGCUGACCCUGGAACAGGAGUAUGACAUGGAGAGGAGCUGGAGGGAAGAUAAUGACAAGUGCACGUUCAUCAUCUUGGACAAGCAGCGGUGGGCGGACACCAGUGUAGAAGAAGAGCAGUGCAUGGUGGGAGAUGUCAACAUCUUCCUGACUGACCCCACAGACCCAUCCUUGGCUGAGUUGGAGAUCAUGAUUGCAGAGCCCAGUUACAGAGGCAAGGGCAUAGGGAAAGAGGUGACACGCAUGAUGAUGUGCUACGGAGCCACCAAACUUGGGGUGAAAAAGUUUCAAGCAAAAAUUGGGCUGGACAACCAGGUCAGCAUCGCCAUGUUCAAGAAACUCCACUUCCAGGAGGUGUCGGUGUGUAAGGUGUUCAAAGAGGUGACCCUCGAGAUGACGGUGGACGAGUCUGUUCGGACGAGGCUGCUGGAUGACACGGCCGACAUGAAGGAGAGAGACUACACACAGACCUGCAGCAACAGACAGGAACUGGUUUCACAGUGAAGUGCUGUGCUGGGCCGCACUCACACGUCCUUAAAGACUUCCAGCUGUGAAGGAGAUCAUUCUGCACACAGAUGAGGGAAAUCUGAGACACCAAACUGAAAACUGGUGUGUGGUUUAGACUUGUGCCUUUACACGCAGUCCCCUAUUCAGCUUCAUAUACCGCAUCAUAUACUGUUAUCUGUAAUACCAGAAUAUUUAAUUGUUCAUUUCAUCCCUGCAGAGGUGGGAAGUAACUGAGUACAUGAGUACAGUUGUGAGGUUCUGGUUCUUUAUGAGAUUAUUUUAAUUUUGGGAUACAUUCUACUUUUCCACCACUACAUUUCAGAGGGAUUUACAUUGAUACAUUUAUCUGACAGCUGGGGUUACUAGUUACACUGAAUGGCCAAAAGUAUGUGCACACCUGAACAUUACAUUGUUGAACAUCUCAUUCCAAAACCAUGGGCAUUAAUCUGCUGCUAUAACAGCCUCCACUCUUCUUUGAAGGCUUUCCACAAAAUUUUGGAACCUGGCUGCAAAGUAUUAAUGAGGCACCGAUGUUGGGUGAAAAGGCCUGUCUCACAGUCAGUCUUCCAGUUCAUCCCAAAGGUGUUGGAUGGGGUUGCGGUCAGAGCUCUGUACAGGCCAGUCAAGUUUGUCAACACCAAAUUCAGAAACCCAUCUCUUUAUGGAGCUGACUUUGUCCACAGGGAUACUGUCAUGUUGAAACAGGAAAGAUAUUCCCCAAACUGUUGCCACAAAGUUGGAAGCAUUGUCCAUAUACUUUUGGCCAUAUAGUCUAUAUUUAUGCUAAACUAAGCUAAGCGGCUGCUGGCUGUAGCUUUAUAUUGAAUGUACAGAUUCAAGAGUGGUAUCAAUCUCACUCUCUUUACUCUCGACAAGAAAGUUAAAUGUCUAUUUUGAAAAAAGUCUAUUUCUCUUUUUCUUUAAAUUUGAAAAGCACACACUUCUUCUUCUUCCACUUCCUCUUGCACACUACCAAACUAAAAGCCCACAAGGUUCCAUUAAAUUGGCUUUUUCAGUUACGACAGUUUUAAUGGGUAAAGUAUAACCAAAGCCUUAUGUGCAUCUAAGAGGCCAGGCGUCUUUACUUCAUAAAGUACAGUUAGUUUUAAUGUACAGAUUAACUGCUUUUCUCUGAAGCAUUUGUAGCGGUCUCUGAUGCUGACAGAGAGAAUUAAAUCAUGAAGGAUAGUAACGUCCGGUGGUUUUUGAUAUCCGGUGGUUUCUAGUGUAAGUGGUAAAUUCUAUAUGGGUUGGCAUCCAUCCUCAUACAACCUUGACAAAUUAUACAUCAAUUGAAAACACAAAACCUCAUUAGUCUGUUUGUGUAAACCUUUUUAAGAUCCCAAUAUCACUGCGACCACAGGCACUUAUUUUAUAGCAGCAUUACAUAUAAAACAGAACUGUAAAAUUAAAAACUAUAUAGGUGAAAGGCAAGUGUGUGCCUCUUUACAUUUGGUUCAAUAUCACUUAGACAAAUUCUGACUUUUUGGUAGUAAACUCUAAACAGUUACCUUUCAGAAGAGACCAAGAUCAUGACUUUAAUCAACAUGGUUCAAGAAAGAAUCCAUUUAAGUAACAGGGUGCUUAUUAAGGGGUUAACAAUUUUGCUUUUAAAUUUGAUGUACAGAAACUGACACUGAAAAAAUUUAAAAUCUAGUUGGAAAGAGGAGCAUUUCAAUUCUGGUGUACAACCAACAAAGACCUGAGGCCUAAUCAGAGUGAAACAUAUCUCUUGUACAAUAAUAUAAAUAUAUUUGUCUAAUGUUCCUCCUAAUUGCCAAAUUAUUCUUCUGCAUUUCUCAUAAUUAUCCCAUUCAGAACUGGAAGGCUGGUGGUUAAAAUUACAGUGCAUCCGGAAAGUAUUCACAGCGCUUCACUUUUUCCACAUUUUGUUAUGUUACUGCCGUAUUCCAAAAUUGAUUAAAUUCAUUAUUUUCUUCAA